AUGAGCAUCACACUGCCAUCAUUCCUGCCUGAUGCCGCCUAUAGAGUAUGCUUGCUUACUUUGAAAGGCCAUUGUGAUGCUAAUCAGAUUGAUGGUGCAUUGAUGUGCUUUUCGAAGAUGAUGGAAAACUUUAAUGCGGAUGCUGACUUGUUGGACGUCUUAAUAAACAGUUUUGUCGGCCAGAAUCGAGUAUAUGGCGCAUACAAACUGCUGGUGGAGAUUGUGAAUGUAGUUCAUUUGAGACCUUGGCAAGCAACAUUUAAACUUCUUAUAGAGAAGCUUCUGGGGAAAGGAAAACUUGAAGAAUCAAUGAACCUACUUUGGUUGAUGAAGAAACAUAACUAUCCACCUUACCCAGAGCCUUUCAUUCGAUAUAUUUCGAAAUGGGGAACUGUGGAUGAUGCUAAAGAAUUCUUAAAAGCACCGAGUGUGAAAGAAUAUCCAACCAUCGGAGCUUACAUCCAUGCUCUUCAAUCAUUUUUGGAGGAAGGUAGACAUUCAGAGUUUCAAGAUCUCCUAUACGAGUGCCCUCAUCAUAUUCGUAAUCAUCCUAAAGUAUCUGAACUCUUUGCUAUCAAGUUUACUGCUUGA